AUGGCUCUCAUAUCCGCCAAGACCAUUAUUACUUCCGUGUCCCUCUUUCACCUUACCCUCGGCUACUUCUUCCUCACCAGUCCAAGCUCCAUCAAUGAGCAGGCACUCGUAUUCAUGAUGGGCGACAGCAUGGGAAUGCCCUUGGCCAGAGGUUUCGAGGUGCAAAGCUCUCCUCUUGCCUUCCUCGCUGUGAUCCUCAUCUUUAUCGGCUUCAGCGAUCUGGUUUCUCUCUCCAUGCCUGAUGAGAUUUGCCUUGUCUAUCACUGGGGCUCACAAGCCCCGAUCCGAUCGUUCAUCUCCCUCGUUUUCGUUGCCUACGUCUUCCUGUUUGGCCCAUCGUCGCCCAUGUUCGGCAAGUCCUCUGUUGGACCCGCGUAUCGCCCUGCUGGCUGGGGCGGAGACAUGCUCAAGAACCGUCUGUUCUUCACCUUUAUCUUUAUCGAGACCAUGACAUGGUUCUGGAUUUGGGUUACUCUGCGUGAGGAGCGAGACGCCAUCAUGAGCAAGAAGUCCCGAAGAAGAAACUCGCAUUCUUUGUAA